GUGCGGAAGUGCUUUCCUGAAGACUGAUCUGCUCGCGGGGUGAUGCUCCCCGGCCUUCUGUGGCUUCUCCUUGCUGCGGUCUACACAGGAGUGACCCGGGGAGACCCAGAAGCCACGCAAUGGAGGCAGUGACCUUUGAGGAUGUGGCUGUGAACUUCACCAUGGAGGAGUGGGCUUUGCUGGAUCCAUCCCAAAAGAAGCUCUAUAGAGAUGUGAUGUGGGAAAACUUUAGGAACCUGGCUGCUAUAGGAAAAUCCAGGGAUAACCAGGAAGUUGAAGAGGAAUACCAAAAUUACUGGAGAAACCUAAGGUAA